CAGUGCAUCCUCUGCCCGCGAGCGACUCCACACUCCGCAGUCCAGCGUAGCAUAUCGAAGUGCCAUACCCAAAACAAUAUUCUUUUCUUUGUGGGGAUUUAAAGAAAAGAAAAGAAAAGAAAAACUGGAAACCAACUUUGGAAGGAUGGAAGAUACUUUUCUCUCCUAACAAGAGUUAAAACGAACGUAGGAGAACCGGUCUUUUGACGAGAAAAGGGAAAUCCCACCUGAUCCUCCUCGUCAGCCUCCGCCCGAGUUCCCCCAUGGCCGCCGGCUGGAGGAAGACCACGGCAACGGCGCUCCUCAUCGUGGGCUUCCUGGCGAGGGCGUGUCCUGUGUCCGCCGGCUUCGAAAAGGCCAAGUCGUGUCCAGAUGGAACAAAAACACAAAUGGAUUUCUCAGCAGUACAGAAAACGUGGCUUCAGACUGGGAGCCUUUCGGUUACGUUGUUGGACAGCAAAGAUGGAUGCCUGCUCGAGAAAGAUGCAUUGUUCAAGACCAGAGUGAAGGGAGGGCGUCUCGUUGUGAGGAAAGAAACGAAACCGAAAGGCAGAGUGUGUGAGGCGGCCGUCACCGAAGUCCCAGCGCCUGUAAACCAGCUGUUCGUCUCCUGUGUGGAAGACAAGAUGGCUGCCUCGGACGAACUCGGUGCUCUCAUGGCCGCCGCCAAUGCUACGUUGCAGAGCCGGAGAAUUGGUCGCACGAUGGGUGGCUUCACCCCAACCACGCCCAAGCCUUCGUCAGGGUUUCUGAAGGCGACAGAGCUCCAGGCAGAAGGUGCCCUGACGACAUUCGAGAGCAAGCUGCCACCGACGACCUCUCCAAAGCUAAAGCCUGUAACGAAAAAAUAUGCGCCAACCGAAACCAUUUUGUCGACCGCGAAAAUUAUUCCAACCCCAACUGUACUGUCGACAGAAAUAAAAGUAUUACCAACAUCUUUGCCAACAACCGUGGCAACUAUGACAGUGCCGCCAUUAAGCACAGUAGUUCCACUGAUAACGGAUAGGCCAACGACCGAAAGAGAAACAGUCACAACGCCUCCGCCAACUACCAGUGCACCAUCCACUCCACCUCCACCUACAGCCACCGAGGCAUCAUCCACACCGCCUCCACCUACUACCACCGAGGAACCACCAACGACGCAACCACCAACCACAUCGGAACGACCAACCGAACACCCUCCGCCAGCGCCCCCAGAGGCAUCGAAGCCAGCAGUCACGGCGACAACGAAAUCUCCGCUGCUGGAGGAAGAUGCUGAGCGGUUCGGCGCGAAAUCCGGAACUCCGCCUAGCCCAGAGCUCACCCAUGAGGAAUCGCAGGAUACAACUAUGUUAAUGCUGAAGCAGAAUCUGCCGUACGUCAUCGGCGGCGCUGUGGGUGUCUUCGUCCUCAUUCUGCUCAUCAUCACCAUCGUGGCUCUCUCGAAGCGCCGCAAGAAGAAGGUGAGCCGAGAGGACCCGAUCGCCCUCGGCAGUGCCAACUACAGGAGGCAGCAAGAUGACCUGGACAGCCACGACCAGGACCACGUGAACAUCAUGAUGUACUCUGCCGACGAGCUGGAGGAGGCGCCCCACCACAACGACCUCGAGGAAAGGAUCCUGAAACCUGGCGGGCCGUCGUCCACUCCAGCCACACCCAGGUGCCUCCGAGACAAGAAUUUCGACUAGAAAUGCAAGUAGACUGCGUUUGUGUUUAACAAGCGGAAGGAUAGAUAUUUGUGGUAUUAUAAAGGAUGUGACGACGUUAUAUAGACGCUGUGAUAAUGAUGAUGAUGUAACAAGUAUAUUGUGGUGAUGAUGACACCGCGGACCACAGAACCUUUGAACCAAAGAGUGUUGUAAUGUACAGAGGUAAUGUUAAUAGUAACUGAUUCUGUGAUACCAUUUUCCCCACAUAUCAAGUAUGAUUCCAGUGCUUUAACGAUUUAUGAGUGUAUACAUACCCAAGUAAGGACCUUUUUUCUGUAUCAUAAGCGCGUUAGAAAUAUGAUUGUUUAUUUGUAUAGAAGAAAUAAACGCUUACAAGGAGACUCA